AAGGACGUGGUUCAGCCCGGUGUUGUCGUCGUCGGUGUAAAACCCCACCCGAGGCCAACGUUUCAACGUACUACACCGAGGAUUUAGCUGAUCAAAUUUAACACUUUGGGCUUUCAAAGUGUAACAGUUUUAUCUGUUAACGUAUUUUCAAAGAACUGUGAACACGUAGAAUCUACUUGUAUUUUUUUUUUCAUUCUGCAUCAGAAUGGCUGCUUCUGUUCGCCCUCAAUACCGACGUAUUUUAGGACAAGUUGCUGUUGGCAGAUGCAAUGGUCAAGUCAGUUCCAGUAGAUCUGGUGUAGUGAAAAAUGUAUCACUUCGUACUCAUUUUUCCAGUUCUAGAUCUAAUUUUGCGGACUGGAGAUGUAGAUCUAGAUCUAGUGGUUUUUUAUCGUGGAACAGGUGGAGACUUGAAAAAGGCAGGUAUAAUGAAGGUCAUAAUCAACAAAGUACUGUUAUUGACAGACGUGGGACAGUAGGUUUGUGUCCCUCUAUCAGACUGUUUUCAAGUUCCCACAAUGGAGAUUCAAACAGUGGAGAUAAUGGUGACUAUCCUCAAGAUAUUCGUGUGUUACCCCGUCGCCUUGUCAAACGCUUGAAGAAGCAAGGAAUUUCAGAAGCAGAGUUUUUAACGAAAAUAAAUGCAAAUAGCAAAAGCUCGGACAUGUUUCCCCCUCCUUCAGAAACGGAUUUUCGAUCAGCUGCACCUGUUGUGGACUCAAAGGAGGAACUUGAAUCACUUUUGAAGUUGACAUCAGUUGUUCCCAAGUUUGUUUCAGAAGCCGACAGUUUUCCUUCUGAUACAGCAAAGUAUCAAGACUGGAAGAAACAAAAUUCUGAAAGAACAAGCAAAUCUGUACCAAAAGUGUCUCCUUCAACUACAUCCAUUGUUCUUUUUCCUGGGCAAGGAAGCCAGUUUAUCGGCAUGAGCAAACAGUUGCUACAUUUUCCUGGUGUCCAUGAUCUAUUUGAGGAGGCUAGCUCUUUACUAGGAUAUGAUUUGUUGGAGAUUUGUUUAGCAGGUCCCAAAUCUGAGCUUGACAAAACCAUCUAUUGCCAGCCUGCUGUUAUGAUCACCUCACUGGCAGCUAUUGAGAAGCUUAGAGAAGAACAUCCAAAGGCUGUGGAGAACUGUGUUGCUACGGCUGGAUUCAGUGUUGGCGAAUUUUCAGCACUUGUGUUUUCCGGUGUCAUAUCAUUCCCAGACGCUGUAAAACUUGUGAAAGUGAGAGCAGAGGCCAUGCAGAGAGCUUCUGAAACUGUUAGCAGUGGAAUGCUCACUGUAUUUCUGGCUCAUGACUCCGACUUAAAAGGAGCUAUGAGAAUGGCAAAAGAGUACUGUCAAACUCGCAGAGGCAUCAACGAACCUGUGUGUAAUGUGGCCAACUUCCUGUUCCCUGAAUGUAAAGUUAUUGCUGGUCAUGCUGAGGCUUUAGAAUUUAUUUCUACAAAUGCUAAAGAGUUUCGCAUAUUGAGAACAAAACGGCUCCCUGUCAGUGGAGCCUUUCACACGCAGCUGAUGGCAUCAGCCCGAAGACCGUUAGAGCAAGCUCUACAGGGGAUGAAAAUAGGAAAACCUAAACUUCCGAUUUACAGCAAUGUGACUGGCCAGCCAUAUCAUGCAAAGACAAAUUUUGCCCACAUGCUGGGAGAACAACUUGUGAAGCCCGUCCGGUGGGAACAGACGAUGCAUGCCCUGUACCAGAGACCUCAGGGCUCUGAGUUCCCUCACACGUAUGAAGUGGGUCCGGGGAAACAGAUGGGAACUCUGCUCAAGCAAGUCAAUCUACAAGCUCACAAGCAGUACCAUGAUGUGAGGGUUUGACAGUAUUGGUAUUUCUAUCCUUAUGUUCUCUUGUCUUUUCCACUUUUAGCGUAGAAUUUGAGAUUGUGAUUAGUUUUGGAAAGGAAUGUCAGUUUUUAAUCUGUUUUAGGUAUGAGUGGAAAAGUUCUUUAUAUAUUUUUAUGACCAGGUCUGUGUAUUAAGUUGUUGAACGUUUUUUUAAAUAAAGUAUUUAUUUCCCUGUUUCCACCAGCUCUACUUUAUCAAAUUAAUGCUGAGAUUACUGAGAAAUGGAACCUGUGUUUUCAAGAAAAAUGUUUUGUUUAUGAAAGAAUGAGAUAUUGUUUUAUUUCUUGAAUACUUAUUCAAAUUCAUGUUGUAAAUGAAACUUACAUUUUGUCAGAUGGGUUCUUGUUUGUGAGAGUUACACUAGACACUUUGAUGAAAGAGUUACAAAUGAGAUUAGUCACUUUGCUUUAUACUACUUGAAAUUAAAGGAGCUCAGUGAGGACUCAGGACCACUGUCAGUAACAUCAUUUUAAAAAUUUUAAGUUAAAAGCUGUUAUUUUGCUGUGUUCGAUAUAUUCCGUGGCUUCGUGUAAGAUCCCAACAAACGUCAAAUUGCAAAAAAGAGUUUGUCAGAGUCUUGCAUACAGCCAUCGAUACAAGAAAUGUGUUGUCUCUAUUACCUCUUUAUAUCAAAAGUGCAAACUGUUGGAUAGGUUGUGUUUACUUCAGGUAUGUGUUUCAUCACAUUAUAUCCCCGAAGAGUGAGACGGCCCCUGAUAUCAUAUAGAUCGCUUGUCGUGGUAUAUAUGUGAUUUAUAUUAAAAUCAAAAGUGUGCAAUCAUUCAGGACUAUUUUGUGGGGUGCAGAAUUAAAUAACAUGCCACUGAAGCUAUGAUGACUCAGAAUGGAUACUCUCUCAUUAGGGUACCCUCUGCUGACCGCCCUAUUGAUAAUGAUUUCAUUGCUGCUAUGUGAAACAGAUACUAAAUUUUUCAAGAACGGUAUGUGUAGCGGCAAAUCAGUAUGAGAGAGUAGCGAACAACCACUGUGUGCUGCUUCAUAACAGGAAAACUUUAGCUUACUGUAUUGAAAACAUGUUGGCGUUUUGUGUGGUAAAUCUCUCCUCUUUUGUGACUAUUGUGUUAAUUUGUUGAUGGACAUGUACCUAAUAUUUUAAAUAACCUUGAUGGGUUUGCUAUGAAUUUUGCCCGAUUUAUUUUCGAAAGUGUUUGUCUUUGCCAUUUUGGACAUUUUGUUUUAUAAUUUUUAUUGUUCACUCUGUCCUCACAAAUCUGUUGCCUUGAAGCAUCUGAGGUACUGAUAAGAUCUAGUGUUUCUAUUUUAUUUCUGUUGUUCUGUGGUCAAGUUUUUGUCAUAAAAUUUGACUGCCUUG